UUACUUAGUUAUUUUACUUUCAAUUUAGUUUAACUUCUUAUUAUUAUCAAAUAAAUAUGAUAUAAUCUAAGCAAUACGGCCAAAGCCGGUCCUUCUGAAUAAAAAAUAUGAUAUAAUCUAAAUCAAUUUAAUAAAUUUAAAACUCUUUCCUCUAGAAAGUACUGCAGCAUCUGGAUAUGAAGAAAUAUGUAUAAUCUUUUUUAAAAAAGCGAGAAAGUCAUAUGUUGUUAGAUCAUUGGUUUUAACCCCAGCAAUAUCGACAUGGAACCACCAGCAAAAAAGACAAAAUUAGACACUGAAAAUGUCCCAAAUGCAACAGCCAGUCAGAGCGUUAGCUCUUCCUAUCACGGGAUGUUCUACCAUCUACGGCUCGGAAUGGUGAUACUGCUGCACUCGUACAAUCUUCAUCGUAAAGGAACGCUGCCCCACCUCAGCAUCACCAUGGAAGACUGUGAGGCGGGCAAGUUUGAUGACAUAGUGAUCCGUUACGCGUCAUGCACCUCCCCGAAAGGUACCAUUUACAUCCAGGCCAAGCAUAAACUCUCCUCGGAAAACACAAAACCACUCACGGAAGGAGAUUUCUUCACGAAAAAGGCCUCAAACACUCCGUUCUCCAUUCCCAUGUACUUUCGAUCGUUUCUGGACCACUAUCGGCCUGCUUCCAGUGGUUCGCAUGCAUACUUACUGUGCACCAAUGCAACGAUCGAUGAUAAGAUGAUGCAAUAUUUCACCCGGAGACACUAUGAUGUGAGUGAUAUUCUAUCGUUUUGUGAUUUGAUUAACGCUACAUGCUAUUCCUUCAAGCGAGAAGGCAAGUUCACCGCACUGUUUAAAGAUCUGCGAAGAGUCAGUUUGGAAAAGCUUGGCAAACUGCUCGCGACUCACGCUAAAACUGGUGAGGAAAUCAAUUCAAACGACACACUCAUUCGUUUGUACCACAACUUAAUUGCAAUGUCGGUGGAACGGGUCACGUCGAACGUGUUCAGAUUCAAGCGUGAGUUUUGGACAGCACACGAUGCCACGCCCAUGGGAAGGCUUCGCAUUAUCGUUGAGCGGGAGUACGGAAAGCUGCCUCAAAAUAGGCCCAAAGAAGAAGCGAUACAGUUAACGAUUUCAAACGCCUCCAAUGAUUUCCCCAACGCCGCUACAAACACUGGUUCUGUAGAUCAGUUUUGCUUUGAGCAAAUCGAUCGAAUAAUCCACCAAUUUUGUGACGAGUUCCUGUUGGUGUGUGGAUCGAAAAGUGAAUCGAAUCUGCUAAGCGACGCUCACGAACUGAUGCCCAGCUGGGUGCGCGAUCGAAAGGGAACAUUUGAAAAUCUGCAAACCCUGCUGGUGGAGGCACUCCGAGGGGAAGGAACGAACACGAUCACGCUGAAGCAGCUCAAAGAAAAGUACAUUGAAGUAAAUGCGAACGAAAGCUUCAACAUGCUGCGAGUACUGACACAAGAACACUUUCAAUCAGUGCGCAAUGAAUAUCCAUUUAUCGAAUUACAGGAAGAUCGUCUGAAAGACUCUUCGCUCUAUCGAUUCAUUUGUGACAGUUCGUCGCUUGAUGUUCAUUGCUUUUUUAGCAAAAACAACGUUAAUAUCAGUUCAAUGAUUAUUGCACAAGCUUCAGCCCUCCGACAGUAUGAUUGUUUAUUUGUAAACGCUUCAUCAAGCCAAGUGAAAGGAAACAUUCGUGAGAUCGUUCGUGAUGUGAUGGAGUUCUUAUUUGAUGUUGAUCUCACAUCACGUUACAUUUUUGUCAUUUAUGGUCAACCAGCACCAGCAGAUCUUCGUGCAGUCCAGAGACAUUCAAGUAAAUACAAAAUUAAGUCCAUUCUCAUUCAACAACUAACCGAGGACAAUUUAUAUGAAGAUCGUUUCUUCGUUCGUGAUCUUACGGAGGAGGCAAAGGAACGGUUGUUAAAACAGCAUAAACAUUUCACCAUUUUUGGAACAACUAUCACUUUCAAUAGGGCUGUACGAGACGAUGAUACAUUAAGUUUUUUGUGUGGAGUGUUGAAAAGGUGUAGCGGAACGGAUGAGCAAAGGGAUGAAUAUUGCAAUAAGAAGAGUUUUGAAAGCAUAAGCAAAUGGUAUAUUCCUCGUUCUAUUGCAUCUUAUGGAGAGCGUAGCAGUAAACCUGGAUUGCAAGAAGAAAGGAUCGAAUUAGAGUAUCCAUCAGAUCUUCAAAUAAUACCGUUUGAUAGAUUUUCAUUAGAGACUUCAACGGUUUUGACGCACUUAAACUCUGCCCUUAACUUGCCUAGCGACGCUCACCGCUUUCCUGAAGAGCUGAAGCCCAACAAUGAAGCGAAAGUGCACAUAAUCCUAGAUGACGCUGGGUACGGAAAAUCCACCUUCUUUAUUGCACUAGCGUCUCAUCUAUCGGAUGAUAAUCCAUCGGCGUUUGUCAUACGCAUGAUCGCUUUGAGCUAUAGUACCGACUUUGCUCGCCUAAAGACGGCCGCCGACCCCAGCAUGAUGGAUGACACAGCCAUCGUGAGAAUCCUAUACCGGCUUGUCCAUUUGACACUGUGUGUGAGCAAUGUUAACGCACAAUCAGUAAGAGAUACCGAUAGCAUAAGAGAGCGGGCAGAUGAAGCCGCCCGCCUGUUUACAAUCUCAGAAGGUAAAGUUGUGCUCGAUCAAGAUCAAACUAGCUCAUCCAAACUCGCCGUAGAAGAGCUGCUAGAGUUGCGAUUGUUUGCAGAUAAGUUUAAUCAAAAACAGCUUCUACUCCUGCUGGAUGGGUUUGAUGAGAUUGCUCCACAUUAUAAGCAGCUUGCAAUGAAGUUCUUGUCACGGCUCGCAGAUGUGGAUGGCAUUGGAAAGCUUUACCUUUCCUCCAGACCGUACGAUUUCAAAGCUGAGAUGGAGCAAGCAUUUCCCAGCUGUAAAAUACACCAGCUAGAACCGCUUGGAAUGCGGAAUGAAUUACGAUUUGUGCACAAUUAUUUGACUAGCGAACUUGAAGCUUACAAACGAUGCGAGGAAAGGGAUCGCAUAACGGUUGUAGCGAUUUUGUACGAUCGCUUAAUGGAAAGUAUUAGUGAGCUGAAAUCUAUUCCUCUGUUUCUUCACAUGGGAGCAAGAAUGCUAUUGCCUGCGGUUAGACAGCACGUUAAUUUUGAACAACGUACAAUUUCACGUGAAAUCUUCAACCCAACUAACAACGAUCAAUUACGAAUGAUUGCAGAAUUUGUUGACAGAAAGAUGCAAAUACUACAAAUUGGUAAAACUGGCCUAACCGACACUGUUACGUAUAAUGCAGCGCAGAUUAUUAAAAACGAGGAAGCUCGCCAACAGUUGAAGCGAAGACAUUUACUAUUAGCGCUGGUUGUGAUGUUCGACAAGGACGACAGAGCUACGUUGCUGUCGAACAAGGAACAGCUAGAGGUCGCUCGAUGUCUUCAAAAGCUAGCUGAAAGCAAUGAGAAGACAGGAAUCGUACUGGGAGUGCGGGAUGAUAUGCCGCAAUUUUCGCAUCGAAUCUUUGCGGAGUACUUUGCGGCGAGCUGGUUACACGAACACAAGCAUCGAGCGGAGUGUGUAAGCUUUCGUCAGUCGGAGUCGUACGGUAAGCGUGAGCUGAGCCGAGUGCGGGAUUUUUUCGAUCGGAUGAUUCAAAUGGGGUAAUAGCUGUAACAUGACAAAUUAUUCUUAAAGGUUUUUUUUGUUUGAUGCACUGUAAAAUUGU